UUUAAUUUUCGCUGAUGGCACUGUUCAGAUUUUAUAAUGAUAAAGUAAGCAGUCGGAAGCGUAUCAAUUAUUAAUCAACCUAACUUAAAACUGAAGACUGCAAAAGGUAGAACAAAGUUGUCGAUUUUUGUUUGUAAACUUCAAUUCAUAAAGAAGUAUUUUGAUCAUGAGUUUCACUUUUGGAGCGAAUACUGGGCAACAGGCCCAACAGCAAGCAUCUAAUUUUGCUUUUGGUCAACCUCAGCAACAGAAUCAAAAUAGAGGUUUUGGUUUUGGAUCAACUACUGGAUCUACUGGGUUUGGAUUUGGAGCUGCAGCCACUACUGCCUCAACUGGAUUUUCAUUUGGUAAUACAGCUCCUGCUACUACAAAUACAGGGUUUGCAUUUGGAGCUCAAGCAUCUGCACCAAAUACAGGGUUUUCAUUUGGAACACCUGCAACUACUGCUAAUUCUGGAUUUGCUUUUGGUGCUGCACCCACCUCAACUCCAUCAUCUAAUCUGUUUGGUGCGACAGCUACCACAGCUAGCUCUGGAUUUGGAUUUGGUGCACCAUCUUCAACUACAAGUGCAUUUGGUUUUGGAACUGGAACUGCUACUACUACAGCUGCUGGAUUUGGAUUUGGUACAGGAACAGCUACUACUACAGCUGCCGGAUUCGGUUUUGGAACUGGAGCAACUAGUACUACAAAUACUGGAUUUGGUUUCGGAACUGGGACAGCAACAACUACAAAUGCUGGAUUUGCCUUUAACACCCCUCAGAGUGGGGGAAGUCUCUCAUUUGGCACUCCUACAGCUACAGGAACUGGGCUACCUUUUGGACAAGUUGCUGCCACUACUGCCAGUGGUUUCGCUUUUGGAACGCCAAGUUCUACUGCUACUUCAGCAUUAGGGUUUAAUUUAGGUGGUGCUGCUCCUACAACCACUGCACCUAUUGGUAAUACAGCUUUUGGAAAUACACAAAAUUCAAAUGCUUUUGGAGGGUUUGGUGGUGCUACAGUUACAACAGCACCAAACUUAUUUGGCAAUUUCACUCCCACUGCAAGUUCUGCAAUAACACCUUCAACUGGAUUUGGUGUCAGUACUGCUACUGUGGCUCCUUUAAGUUUUGGUGCAACCCCUACAUCUGCUGCUACAGGAACUGCUAUUGGAACUGCAGGCCUAGGAUUUGGCACUACACCACAACAGCCUUUAGGAUUUAAUACCACCUCACAGCAAUCUUCAGGAUUUAAUACCACUUCACAGCAAUCUUCAGGAUUUAAUACCACUUCACAACAAUCUUCAGGAUUUAGUGCUACACCACAGCAACCUUCAACGGGAUUUCAGUUUGCUACUCCUAAUAGUACCUCUGCAACUGCAGUUAGUUCUACUGCAGCUGGUACUGGGUUUGCAUUCAAUCAGCCUCAAACAACUGUGAGUACAGCUAGCCCUUUCCAGUUACCUGGUGCUACAUCUACGGCUGCUAUGAAUUUUGGAGUAAAUAAUAGCAGUACAACACAAUCAGGAACUACACCUGUUGCUCCUUUAAACUUUUCUGCUAGUGCAGUUGCUGUUACAAAAACUGAAACAUCUGGAAUGUCAUCAUUGUUUUCAAGUAAACCAGUGACUUCUGUUGCACCUUUGUCUAACCUAUCAACAAGCCAGAGUACACCUAUCGCCACAUCUGCUUUAUCAACUUCUUUGCCUAGUGCACCAGCUGCUCCUGCUCUUUCCUUCGCUCCAUCAACUAGUAGCACAUUAGCAACUACCACUUCUGGAGGAUUUUCAUUUCCCACAAUGAAAACAACUGCUGCAGCUGCGUCUACUGCUGCACCAUCACUGUUUUCUUCAACAUCCUUAUCCUCAGUACCAUCAAUGUCUUCUGCAAUUACAUCAGCUACACUCAAUACCACUACAACUGUAACUGCCAGUGCUUCUACGCCAACAUCUAUGAAUUUCAGGCAGUUAGAAGAUUCUAUCAACAAAUGGAGUAUUGAACUGAAAGAACAAGAAAAAGUAUUUUUAAAUCAAGCUACUCAAGUCAAUGCUUGGGAUAGACUAUUGAUAUCCAAUGGAGAAAAGAUUACAGUUUUAAAUGAUGCUGUUGAAAGAGUAAAACAUGAUCAACAACGAUUGGAUUUGGAGUUAGAUUUUAUCCAUGCUCAACAAGCUGAGCUGGAAGAACUUAUUCUUCCAUUGGAGAAAAGUACUGAAUCGACCCCAAAUAUCAGCGCUCAACAACAUGCUGAUGUAGAGAGAGAACAUACCUAUAACCUGGCUGAGAGCAUUGAUGCUCAGUUGAAGAGAAUGUCUGAAGAUAUUAAAGAAAUUAUUGAACAUGUUAAUACUGCUAACAAAACUCAAGAUGAUAAUGAUCCUGUACAACAGAUUGCAAAGAUUCUCAAUGCUCAUAUGGAUGCGUUGCAAUGGGUAGAUCAAAAUACAGUUGGUUUGCAAAGAAGACUUGAAGGUGUGUCAAAAGUAUAUGAAAAUCAGAAGAGGGAAAAUGAACAAUCAUUAAGGCGCCUAUACCAAUAGUUUAAUGUAUCUGUUUUGAUUCUUUUAUUAUUCAAAUAAAUAUUUUUCUUUACAACACUAA